AUGAGUUUAGGCAUUACAAGUAUUUUACACGACAGCGAAGAAUACGUGGAAGUGGAUAACUGUUUCGAUCCCGGAUGCUACAGCUGGGACAUUCACUAUUCAGCCAGCGAUAGGCAGAUUACAAAGUUAAUUGAGCUGUCAAACGAAUGUCACCAGUACUUUAAAUACGAUUGCAUCGAAGCACCGUUCGAUUUCGAUGGCCAACAGGUUUCAUGGUGGGACGACCGACAUGAAGACCAGCAACACUUUUGGUCCGGAAAACACACAAGUGGUCACACAUGUGACUGCGGCAUCAACAGUAACUGUUUGGAUUCCGCCGAAAAAUGCAACUGUGACUCAAAAUUAUCAUCCCCGCAAUCCGAUGAAGGAAUCAUCACCGACAAGAGCAUCUUACCAAUCAAACGUCUUCAUUUCGGGCAUACCUCAACCGGAUCUGGCGGACACACUCUGGGGAGAUUCCAGUGCUCGGGCGAGACGGCCAGUGAAAUUGUUAACGAAAUGGCAAGCUCAUGUGCAGACUUGAGAGCACUGGGGCAUUCCUCUAGCGGAUUCUAUUUAGUCCAAGGAGCCGAAAUAGUCGAAACUGUUUACUGUGAUUUCUCAAAAUUACAGAGCGAAGAAGGUUUUGAGACUUGGGUCGGAUACGCCGAUCUCAAACCGGAACCAACUCAUUCCGGAAUGCCAACGUCCUGUGCCGAUUUGAGGGGAAUAGGACACACAUCCUUCUCCAGCGGAUUUUAUCCCAUUAUGGGGGAGAAGUUGGUGGAAAUGGUUUACUGCGAAUUCCCCAUAUCUCCACAAAAAGAAGUGCUUGAGGAAUGGAUGGGGUACGCGGAUCUCAAGCCGGAACCCACAUUCGCUGGAUUGCCAAGGUCCUGUGAUGAUUUGUUGGGAAUAGGACACACGACCUUCUCAAGUGGAUUUUAUCCCAUUUUGGGGGAGACGUUUGUCGAAAUGGUUUACUGCAACUUUGACACAUCACCAAAAAGUACCAUCGAUUCCCAGAUCGAUUUGGGAGUCAUUGACGUCAAAUCAAACUCAACCUUUUUCUACGGUCAGAGAACUACCCCAUACGUCCCAAAACCUGGCCUUACUCCGAAUAUACCAUUCGACGCUCCCCCAAACAGCCCACUUAAUUUUAAUGUGCUCAACAUCGGUAGUGGAUGGGACGCAUUAUUCGACCACUUUCAGGCCCCAGUCAAAGGUCGAUACUUUUUCUCCGUGUCCGGAAUUGCAACUUGUCGAACCGCUACGUUGACAUGCAAGUGCACCGCAUCCCUGAGGAAAAAAACUACCGCAGGUGUCGACCCAUCCACGGUUGGGAGUGCAAUGGGCGAGGUCGACAUGGAGAGGCGAGAUAAAACCAGCACCGACUCGGAAACGUUUUCUAUUCAAGCGACGCUCGAUUUGAACAAGGGCGAUAAAAUCUGGUUGGAAGUUGACUUGCUGACUUCCUCGCCCGUAGCAAAUUUGUACGACGACUUCAGACAUUUCACUCAUUUCACCGCAAUAUUGCUACAGGAAGACAUAAUCGAUUCACUGGAAUUGUAUCUGUAGAUACAGCAUUAUAGCGCCUCCGAGACCAUUUAUAAAUUUUCUAUUAAAUUUAAUUCACCUGCUUGACAAAUGACUAAAGGGACGCUAACU